AUGCCUUCACUCCAGAAAGCCUUGCCUCCAGAACUUGCUGAUAAUGUGCUUAGGUUAUAUCGAGAAUGCUUACGGAGGGCGAAGUAUAUUGGGCAUCAGAAACACAAUACAGAGCUUUUAGUCACCAUGGUGAGGCAACAAUUCAAGAAAAAUAUGCAUGAAACUGAUCCAGAGAAGAUACAGAAAAUGAAGGAUGAUUUUACUAUCUUCCAGUACUUUAUCAUGGUCGAAGCAUAUCUUAUGAAAUUAUUCCUUGCUAUGCAGUGCUGCAAGGGGCCUUAUCAAUCAUAUUCUGUAUGA